AUGAUGUCCACUGUCUUGCGCUGGGUGGUCCUGUUGGCCUUCAUCUCUCUGACCAUUUGUGGAAACGUUCUGGUCUGCUUGGCUGUGGCCACUAGCCGACAUCUCCACCGAAUCAAUAGCUGUUUUAUUAUAUCCCUGGCCGUGGCGGACUUGCUGUUGGCCUUGCUGGUUCUACCAAUUUCUGCCAUGCUGGAAUUACGCAAUGGGAGAUGGCCUCUGGGGGGAGUGUUUUGUAAUGUUUACAUUUCUCUGGAUGUGAUGCUGUGCACUGCCUCCAUUCUUACUCUGCUGGCCAUCAGUGUUGAUCGGUAUCUUGCAAUCUCAAGCCCACUCAGCUAUCCCAGGAGAGUCACGCCGUCACAUGUGGCGAUCACUCUGACAGGGAUAUGGAUGUUCUCCAUGGCUGUGUCUUUUCUACCCAUUAACCUAGGCUGGAACACACCUGACUUCAUAGUGCAGAACCUAAACUGGAAGAUGUGGGAUGAGGGAGAGGAAGGCAGGACCUGCCGCUAUGAAUGGAAUAACAAAUAUGUGCUGCUGUUCUCCAUUGGCAUCUUCUACUUCCCUCUACUGGUCAUGUGUGGAGUUUAUCAUCGCAUAUUCUGUGUUGCACGAGAGCAGGUGUGUCGUAUCCGGGCAGCCACUCCAUCAUGUGCUCAAUCUGCAGCAGCUGUUCGGGAACACAAAGCCACAGUGACCCUGGCCUCAGUGCUUGGUGCAUUUGUCCUCUGCUGGUUCCCCUAUUUUACCUACUUCACAUACAUAGGCAUGUGGAGGGAGACUCAUCCGUCCGAUCUCAGCCACUCUGUGGUUCUUUGGUUGGGAUACCUCAACUCUGCAUUGAACCCCAUUCUGUACCCAGCACUAAAUCGAGAUUUCCGUCAGGCAUAUGGCCAGCUGCUUCACUGCAAUUGGACUAAAAUAUUGAGAAUAUUAAGUUCAAGGCAAAAUAGCAUAAUGUAA